AUGAAUACUGCUACGAAUACGACUACUACCAAUACUGAUACUUGUACGAGCAAGAGAGAGGACAUCACAGACUCUUCUCACAACAACACAAAUCCCAACAACAACAACAACAACACAAAGGAUUCACCUCCACUCCUAUCCAACACUGAGUUCAAUCAACAAUUGAUUGAUUCCAUUGCACUCUCACCUCACAGACCCACCCGUCAUCGAAGAUCCAUCAGUAACAUUCAUCAUGCACAUUUACCAUCCUCACUACUCGAACAACAACAACAAUCAGUUGUUGCUACCUCCCAUCACUCAUCAGCAUGCUCGUCAUGCUCAUCCACACCAUCUUCCUCAUCAGCAUGCUCGACCACUACGAACUUUCAACAUGAUCCUCUUAAUACGUUAACGAGCAACACGACACCCAUUCAUAGCUCACCUCCAGCAGAUGACUUUGAUAUUGAAACCACUCUGAGAACGACCACAUACAAGACAGCCAAUAAUGUCAAUACUCCAACCUAUGAAACAGCUCAACAAAAAGAAGCCAAGAAUAUUGGAAGGCCUCGUUCCAAUUCACAAGACAAUUCGUCGGCAACCUCCUCAUUGGAUAUUGUGAGAGGAACGCUUACGGGUUCACAUUUAUUGUCGUCUUCGCCUUCUUCAAAUUCAUCAACCAGUCAAAGUCACGUAGGAGAUGACCACGAUGUCUGCUUAUUACAAGAUGCUUCUUCCAAUCAGAUUGUGGAUUGUCAAUCAUCGCCUUCAUCACUGAAAAACUCUUCUGAACGAAUUGUAUCCAUCGCAACUGAGAGCUCUGAAAAUUCAUUCACAAAUUCAUGUCAUGCUCAAUCACAACAGCAUGAACCACUCUCUCCUCUUCAAAAACACUCUUCUCUUUCAUCCAUUCCUUCGGGUAGUAAUCACCCUUCCACACAACAUGAAAAUUCUACAAAACUCAAAACAAAUCAGACAGAUAAGGACAGACCUCUGUCAAUGAAGGUCGGCAACAAUAAGAUAGUCACCAACCAAUCGAAUUGGAUUUCUGCAGAUAUUCUCUAUCAGAAAAUUCGAGAAAAUCUCAAAAAGACAUCAAACUUUUCCGAGUUGGGGAACUCAAGCAAGAAUGUAAAUAAGGAGCAAAUUGAUUAUCGACAAUUUCUGAAAAAGAAGCAUUAA